GGCAUGGUUCAUGUGAAGAUUUUCUCAUUGCAGCACAGUCUCUUCACAGCCAUUCAUAAGCAUUAUACAGUGGAGGCUUGGAAGGAAUUUGCUGCUGAAAACCCUGGGGUCCUAUGCAGGGUUGCUGCUAGCUCUGGAAAUGCUCCUGGUGAUUUUGAAAAGCUCUCUAGUAUUUUGAAGGAAAUUCCAAAUGUACAAUUCAUCUGCUUGGAUGUGGCAAAUGGGUAUUCAGAACAUUUUGUGGAGCUGGUUCGCAAGGUUCGCAAGGCAUAUCCUGACCUCACCAUUAUGGCAGGGAAUGUGGUGACUGGGGAGAUGGUGGAGGAGUUGAUUCUAUCUGGAGCAGACCUUGUGAAAGUUGGUAUUGGACCAGGAUCUGUUUGCACCACAAGGAAGAAAACUGGAGUUGGAUAUCCCCAGCUCUCAGCUGUCAUUGAGUGCGGUGAUGCUGCCCAUGGCCUUGGAGGCCACAUCAUCUCGGAUGGUGGCUGCACAUGUCCAGGAGAUGUGGCCAAAGCAUUUGGAGCUGGUGCUGACUUUGUCAUGCUGGGAGGGAUGCUGGCUGGCCAUGAUCAGUCGGGUGGAGAUACCAUAAUCAAAAACGGAAUCAAGAUGAAACAGUUCUAUGGCAUGGCAUCAAACACUGCCAUGAUGAAGCAUCAGGGCAGUGUUGCAGAAUAUAGGGCAUCAGAGGGGAAGACAGUUGAGAUCCCAUACAGAGGAGACGUAGAGAAUACCAUCUUGGAUGUUUUGGGAGGACUGAGAUCUGCUUGCACUUAUACAGGUGCAGCGAAACUGAAGGAGCUGCCAAAGCGGACAACAUUCAUCAGAGUCACUCAACAACUGAAUGAGGAUGGUGGCUGUACGUGUCCAGGAGAUGUGGCCAAAGCAUUCGGAGCUGGUGCUGACUUUGUCAUGCUGGGAGGGAUGCUGGCUGGCCACGAUCAGUCGGGUGGAGAUACCAUAAUCAAAAACGGAAUCAAGAUGAAACAGUUCUAUGGCAUGGCAUCAAACACUGCCAUGUUGAAGCAUCAGGGCAGUGUUGCAGAAUAUAGAGCAUCAGAGGGGAAGACAGUUGAGAUCCCAUACAGAGGAGAUGUAGAGAAUACCAUCUUGGAUGUUUUGGGAGGACUGAGAUCUGCUUGCACUUAUACAGGUGCAGCGAAACUGAAGGAGCUGUCAAAGCGGACAACAUUCAUCAGAGUCACUCAACAACUGAAUGAGGUGUUCAGAUCCAGUGAUGGAUAACCCUAUUCAUUUUGCAUUCUUCUUCCUUACUCUAGAUUGGGUGGAUCUAGUCACCUUUUUAGUAUAGUAGAGUAGCCUCAUUUUAUUGUGUUAAGGAUCUGACUGAAGCAGAGAAUACAGUCAUUCUGUUGAAUUUGCUAGAUUUUCUUCAUAUUAUUAGGUCUUUUCAAUCACAAACUGCAAUAUCUGUCUCCUGACCAUGAUGAUAGGUCUAGUCAAAACUGUGAGGUCCUGGUGCAAGUGACAUGAUCCCUCUUACUGUAUAAUUCAAUGUGUGAAUUUCUGGGCAGUGCAAUGUUUACUUGGUUACAAAUCCUACACUGAGUGUCCAAGAGUCUCUGAAGUGGUGAUGAGAAGAAAUUAAUGGUGGAUUAUGCUAAUUCAUGGCAUUUGUGAUGCUUCCAUCCAUGGACUUCUUUUCUUUAAUUAUUUGUGACCAAUACAUCUGUCCCAUAUCUGUGAUUGUCUCAAAUGCCUGCCGAUUUGGGAGACCCUAACCCCGUGAAGCUUCUCUUGUUGCAUCUGAGCGUACUCCAAAAAACUUCUGGUUCCAUUCUAAGUGCACUUAUCACAUUUUCUUGGAUUAAGUAUACUCUGCUUACUUAAUUCUUCUAUUGGUCUCAGCAUGGUGGGCAAAGCAUAUAUUGUAGAACUGAGUUCUUCCAUCAGUUUCCUGCAAUUAUUUGGAAAGUUUAUGGCAUUUUGACUCCUCAGGAAUGGAUUGGUUUGGGGCAUUGUCACUCAUUUAGGGCCCUGGGUCCAUUUGCUUAGAAAAUAAAAACUGCUAGAAGUAUUUGGUUUGAAACAAUGUACCUGAUGUUGCAUAUACUGUAAUAAUAGUGACCUUCCGUUUCUAAGCAAGUCCCUGAGGACACAUGAAAGUGCUUGCAUCACUGUUGGUCUCCAGUAUUGGUUCCCGUCCCAAAGAUCUGUAAGCAAUUUUUGAUUUUUUCAAUCAAAACUCAUUUUCUGGUUCAGGUGCUCUCAUUGUACUAGGAGGGUAAUAAGAAGGUCCUGGCCUUUGCUUUUGUUGUCUGGUAUUCUAUCUGUCUACCCUUGCUCUGAUUCUGUGCUGUGAC